GGACAUGUGGUGACUGAGUCAGAGUCGGGCGACGACUGUAUUCAGUGUCCAUUCCAUGGCUGGAGGUUUGGCGGAGACGGACAGUGCAAACGCAUACCUAAUCUUAACCAUUCUGAGCUGAAGGCAGUAAAAGCUAUGGCAAUUGGGGAGAAUGGGGCGGAUUUAUACCACGGUAAUUACAUUCACAAUGUGAUCAUACCAUAUAUACUUUGUUUAUCGUACACGUUUGAUGAGUCAUACGGCCCGGUCGAUUAUACACUACAGCAUUUGGGAUUCUGCUUGAACAACAGUUUAUAUAACAUGCAAAGUGUUGAUUCGGAUUGUGUGGUUUGGGCUAACUAUCAAAGACCUAAACGACCGACAAUGACGAAAAAAUUAUUA